UCCCGGAGGACCCCCGCCCGCAGCCCGCGCCCCGCCGCCCCCCGGCGCGCCCGGAGCAUGCUGUCGGCGGCCGCCCGGGGCCUCGGCCUGGCGCUGCUGGCCGCGCUGCUGUGCCCCGCGCCCGCGCACGGCCUGUGGUGCCAGGACUGCACGCUGACCACCAACUCCAGCCACUGCACGCCCAAGCUGUGCCCGCCCUCCGACACCGUGUGCGCCAGCGUCCGCAUCACCGACCCCAGCAGCAGCCGCAAGGACCACUCGGUGAACAAGAUGUGCGCGACCUCCUGCGACUUCAUCAAGCGGCACUUCUUCUCAGACUAUCUCAUGAGGUUCAUUAACUCCGGGAUCUUAAAAGUCGACGUGGACUGCUGCGAGAAGGAUUUGUGCAAUCCCGCGGCGCCCGUGGGGCUCAGCCCCUGGGCCCUGGCCGGGGGGCUGCUGCUCAGCCUGGGGCCCGCCGUGCUCGGGGCUGGGCCCUGACGCCCCUUCCUCCCACGGGGCUGCUGAGCCUGCGGCCCGGCCUGGCCGGGCGGG